AUGGACGACUACCAAAAGAAAUGCGCUCGAAUGAGCAAUCAUUCGUUCAUUCAAGAAUUGGACGAGGCAGCAGCUAUCUUGGAUGAUGAGCUGAAGGCAAUCUCCGAAGUUGAGCACGCCCAUGCCAAUACGUCUGUUUACGUGGAGAAAGACUUCUUUGAAGACAACGAUGACGAUGAUUUGACUGGAGAGCUUGCAAAUUUGGAUUCCUUGGCUGCUUUGCAACAAGAAUUGAACAUGUCUGCCCUCAGUUUCGAAGGGUUUAAUGCCAACAAUUCGAAAGCAUAUGCCCUCGAGCAACAAGAAGAUGAAGAAGAAGCCGUCAUUACCGACGUUGGGGAAAUUCGAAUUGGGGAUGCCAUCAUGGAAGAAGAAGCUUGUACAACUUGGACACCAGUUCCUUCCUUGAGUCAAGAUAGCUCCAUUCAUUCAGCGACACCAAGUCAUUUUCCUUCCCAGAACGAUCAAGAGGAACAACGCUUACCACAGCGGACUGUCCAUAGAGUCGUAAGCCGUGAUGGUGGCGAAGAUAUUAUCCUCACAAAGCAAUCAUCAAAUGAUUCGGAAGAUAUUUCACCUUUCCAAACGUCCCCGCAUGGUAGUCCCAGAAGCGCUGUGCGUUUAAUGCGUCGAGAUAGAUUGGACAUUACCUUGUCACCAAUUCGAUUUACUUCCGACACGGACGAGAACCAGGAUGUCCCUUCAUCAAUGCACCAGUCUACUCAACAGUCGAAUUUUGAGGCUGGCUUCCGAAACAUUCUUGUGGACGCGACCCCAAGCAUGAAUGUAAUGGAUACAAAGCAAAGUCAGGAUGUGACACCCAAGAUUCAAAACACCCGCACAGGUUCCGCUGGAUUUCAGUUUCAAGACGACGGCACCGGCCAUUUCGCGAAUGAAAACCAUGACGAACUUGUAGUGUCAGAGAAGGCGAUUGGAGCACCAACUCAUACAACACAUAUUUCGCAGCCUUCGCUCACGGAAGAACCUUCGCCCAUGUCAUCACUCUUGAAUACUCUUCUUGCUUCACCCGAACCUUUGGUUGCCAUGCCAAAUUCAAACGUUAAGGUCGAUGAGCAAGAACAGGAUUCCAAAGUUGGAGUUCUAGCAACAAGCGCAAGUGAAAGUAGCAGUGCCGGGGAGUCGCACUCGUUCUCUUCGCCAUUAUCCGAAGCUCUAACAUCCAACUCAAACUCAGAGGUGGCAUCGGUUUCUUCGUCUGCAUCCUCCGUCUCGACUGUCUCGGCUUCCUCUUCCGUAUCAUCCUCAUCAGUAUCCAUGAGUUCCACACAGUCCACAGACAAGAAGAAAUGGAAUCCGAUCCGACUUUUCAACCAAAAGAAUGCUUCGGCGGAAGAGAAGGCACGCAAUUCCAUAUUCACUAAGCCAAGUUCUUCGAAGUCCAAAAAGAAGAAAAGCAAAUCCAAGGCUCGGCAUCGUUUCAUCUCUUCCCCAAACCUUCCUACAGUUUCGGAAGACAAGACUCUGGCACCAACACAGGCACCGCCUUCAAACAUUACCGUGUCGCAACCUCAUGAUCCACACGAGAAUGAAAUUCGCGAAACUCUUGGAAUGGAUGGGGGAAGACGAAAAUCUUUGUUCCAAGAUAACAAAGAAAGGGUAGCCCUCAACAGAAUGAUGAAAAUGUUAAUGGAACAACGCAACAAGAACAAGUCUCAGGAGAAGCGAGAACGCAAGCUCCUUCACAUGCUGUGUGAUGCUCGAAAUGAUCGAAAGGAACUCAUUGACGAGAAUGAUAAAGUUGUACAAGAUCUGCAACGCAAGCUGAAAAGUUCGUUUGAGAACAAUGAAAUCUUGCGACAGGAAAACGAAUUGCUCUUGAUGCAGACGGACGCAUGGAAAGAAAUCAGUCGCCAAUCCAAUCAAACCGCUGCUCUCUACAAAUACACGUUUGACGAACGAAAAGGUAAACCACGUUAUGACGCACCGGUAGGGGAAACAAUGAAUGGAGGAAGCAUGGAAUUGGCGGAAGCCGAAGACGAAGACGAACUGGUCCAAGUCAAGAGGGAGAAAGAAGAACUCGAAAACAAACUGACGCAACUUCAAAAAGAUAGUCAUCUCGAGAAGGAAGGCCUGAAGUACCAAACGGAGCUCUUGGCACAAGAACUUGAGCAAUCUCAAACUCUCUUUGAAGACAAGCUAGAAAACUACAUCCAAGAGAAUGCUCAGCUCAAGGACGACAAGGAUGUUUUGCGAAGGGAGCUUGAGGAGCGCUAUGCUGCAAUUUCAAUUUCACGCAAAGAAGUCCAAGACCUGCAGUUGAAAUCUAACUCGACACGGCCUAAGAUGCACGCUGAAAUCAUAAACUUGCGAGUUCACAAGCUCGAAGAUCAAUUUAUCACCAUGCAAAACUUUCACAGGUCUCGGAUGGUGCAGUCUAAUCAGGACAAGGCAAUCACGGAAGCUCGAAUCAAGAGCCUUGAAAUCUCUGUUGGCAAUAGUGCUAUAGAACUACGAAAGGCCGAAGAAGGCUCAAAGGCACUUCGAGAUCAACUUUCCCUUGAACGAAAGUCCCGAAGCCAGUCCACUCGAAUCUUCCAGCAACAGAGUGAAUCUCUAAUGGACGAGAAUGAAUCAUUGAAAAAGGAGAUACUUGGUCUUCAAGGUGAAUUGGCGAGCACUCGAACUGACCAAGUUCAAAUCGAAGCGGAACUACUGAAGGAACGAAAGGAAGUUCACCGAUUGCAAAAGCAAGCGGAAGAUGAGGCACAAUUGAUCACGGAACUCCAGGAGGAACUUGAUAAUCUUCAAACCAACUUUGAAGAUGCUGAAAGUGAGGCCUUCUCGACCGACAAGGCCGCAAAAUCACCCGAAGCGGCACUCAAUGAAGCACAAGAUACCCUCGAGAACGAAAUCCAAGCUGCUGAAAACGUCGCGCUUCGAGUUCAAGUUGAGCGACUUAAGCUUGAAUUGAAGUCCAAGUCACCUUUGACACCACGAUCUUCCUAUAGAAGUUCUUACAAGAGUCCAGUUGAGAGGCGUGUCCGAGACCAAGUGCUCCGGCUUCGCAAGUCCCUAACCCCAAAGCAACAAUAUGAAGAACCUGUCGCAUCGACAUUGCCACGAUCACCAUUCUUCACCGACAGUCCCUCCGUGACGCUCACCGGCCAUCCAAAUUCGCUCAAGUCGACAUCUCCAAAGAAGUUUGCGAGUAUGUUGCGACCCAAAGGAAAGGGUUCUUCCAUGCCGCCUAGACGUCUCGACAAGGAGAAUAAUACCUUCAUGUCACCUCAGAAACGAAGAGGCGGUGGACUCUCUGGACUUUCUACACGCACAGGUCUCGGGAUUCGAUAA